AAAAUGUAUACAAAUAAAAAUAAUGGCCGAUUUGGUCUAGUAGUGUUCUUCAUGUUUUGACUUAGUGUGUGUAUAAAAACUUAAAAUAUUUAUUAACAAUUAUGUUAAAAAUAAUUCGGUGAGAUUAACUUCAAUUCUAAAUGAACUAAAAAGUGUGUGAUUAUGUACGGUAGAAAAUUAGAACUUUAUACUAGUGAACCUUCUAGCACGGAAUCUAAAACCGUGAAGAAUGGCUUAUCAGGUUUACCAACGUCGGGAGUUACUAUGCGAGAAAAGAAGAGCGGGGCUCUGUCUCGAAUGCAAAAGCUCAAAAAGAGGUUGUCACAUUCUUUUGGACGAUUAUCCGUAUCGAAGGAAGAAGCGGAAGAACACAACCACCACGGUAAAUUACCUUACAAUGGUUACAGUGAUGAAUUUCUUGAUCGACUAGAACCAAAUGGAAAUAUACCUGCCGGAAAGAAUAUUAGAUACGGCGAGUAUUCCACUUACGGUCCAAGCGGAGAAAUGGGUUCAAUGCGGAGCGCACAAUCAGCUGAAUGGAAUAAUGUCGGUGGACACGACAGGGUCAAGAGGCAAUUAUCGGUUUCUAGCGAUAGUAAAUUAUUAGACGAAGAUAUUCGAGAAGAGACUAAAGUGAUACUGAGGCCGAGAAAACCCCCGAGACCUAAAUCGGAAGUUUUGCUCAAUCAGGGUGGUGAUCAUCGACGAACGAAGCGAUAUUCGGCGUUCGGGGGCGAUUCACCCUUCGGGAAAUCAGAAGCUUAUAUUAAAUUAGAACAAUUAGGUGAAGGUUCAUACGCGACUGUGUACAAAGGAUUUAGCAAUUUACAAAAUCAAGUUGUGGCGUUAAAAGAAAUAAUCCUCCAAGAAGAAGAAGGUGCUCCAUUUACAGCAAUCCGAGAAGCUUCCUUAUUAAAAGAACUGAAACACGCGAAUAUCGUCACUUUACAUGACAUCGUACAUACCAGACAGACACUGACAUUCGUCUUCGAAUACGUCCAUACGGAUCUAUCGCAAUAUUUAGAACGACACAGCGGUGGUUUGGAUUCCAGAAACGUCAGACUGUUCCUCUUCCAAUUACUUAGAGGUCUUGCAUAUUGCCACAAAAGAAGAGUCCUCCAUCGCGACGUCAAACCCCAAAAUCUCCUAAUCAGCGAAAUCGGCGAAUUAAAAUUAGCAGAUUUCGGUUUGGCGCGAGCCAAAUCCGUACCGAGCCAUACGUACUCCCACGAGGUCGUUACCUUAUGGUACCGACCGCCCGACGUACUAUUAGGCAGCACCGAUUAUUCUACGUCGUUGGAUAUGUGGGGAGUCGGUUGUAUAUUCGUCGAAAUGAUAACAGGAAUGGCGAUAUUUCCAGGAGUCCGUGAUACCUACGAUCAACUAGAUAAAAUAUUCAAGAUUCUUGGUACUCCGACAGAAGAAGAUUGGCCGGGGGUUAGUCAACUACCAGGGUAUCACAAAAUACACAAAUUGGGGCAGUACAAACCUCGUAAAUUGGGUUUUUGUUGGUCAGCGCUCCACGAUAUCGUACACGGUGAAAGUAUGGCUAGCGGUCUGCUCCAAUUGAAUCCUCAACUACGAUUAGGCGCCGAAGAAGCCAUGUUACAUCCUUAUUUCGAUGGGUUACCUAAGAAGCUACUAGAACUACCGGACGACUGUUCGAUAUUUACUGUUGAGGGUGUGCAUCUCUAUCCGGAACAGUAUUCGUCGGUUAAAUGAGGGUGGUCUUGAUACCCUCUUGGGAAGAAAAGUAUCUUGAAACAAUGAAAAAUAUCUCGUCAGCUCUAGCAAAAAAAAUGUCGACGUUAUUUGUUUUUUUUUUUUUUCGCGUAUUUGAUAUCGUCAUAACGAAAUAAUUCGAUUUAUAUCUCGAAUGGGUUCAGUUUCACGCGAUUCGCGUUUUUUUUCGUCGGACAUUCGGUAUAAUAAGCACGGUUUCCAUAGGGAAAGUUGUUAACCCGUUAUGAAUUUAAUAUUUUUCUGCUCAUUUUAAUUUAUGCUCUAAAUGGGUGACGUUUUACAUCUACUUCAUUUUUUGGGAUGGGACAUUCGGUAUAUAUAUAUAUUUCAAAUGAGGUAAUAGCAAGUUUUUGGGGACAUUUGGUAUAGCAAAAACUAUUUUUAUCAAAAAGAAAUCUUACACAUGUUUUAUAUUUCAUUUCUGUCUGCUUUGUAUAUUUGUACGAAAUCAAUUAUCACUAGAGUUUGUCCUAAAUUUUUUGGGACGUUCGGUAUAAUAAAAAUGAUUUUUUUGAGAUAGAAAAUAAUCUUUUUUUCUGUUAACAACUUCUGUCGCUCAAUUUUAUUAUAUUUGAAAUGAGUUUUAUUUAACAUCAAUAGCAAGUUUUUAGGGACAUUCGGUAUAGUAAAAACGAUUUUUAUCAAAAAAAAUCUUACACUUGUUGCUGCUUUGUAUAUAUGUACAAAAUCAAUUGCCACAACAGUAUAUCCUAAUUUUUUUUGGAACAUUAGGUAUAAUAAUAACCAUUUUCGUAACAGAAAUUGUAUUUAUUUUAGUUUAUAUUUCCAAUCUAAUUUAUAUUUUAUAUCAAUCGUUUUUUUGAAAGGACAUUCUGUAUAGUAAUAGAGGUUUACAUAAAAAAAUAUUUACCUUUCAGUUAUUGCUGUUUUGAAAAAUUAUAUAAAACUCAUUUUUAAUAUGGUGCUUUAGUGGGACAUUCAUUAUAGUCAAAAUGGAUUUUAUUAUUUCAAAUUAUAUUUGAAAUAAAUUGAUUUUUACAUCGAUCUCGACUUUUUAACACCAACAUCGAUUUUUUAUGGGACAUUCUAUAUAAUAAUAUUUUCUUUUAGGAAAAUUGUAGACCGGUUUUAAAUUUUCACAUUUUGCCGUUCAAUUUGAUCUAUAUCUGAUUAAUUCAUUUCCACAUCAACCUCAAUUUUUUAUUGAACCGCAUUUUUUAUAGGACAUUCAAUAUGAUAAUAAAAGGUUUUGAGCAAAAAAAUGUAUACUCAUUUUGUAUUCCAAAAGUUAAAUUUAUAGAAAACUGCUUCUUCCUAAUUGUUUCGUGGGACAUUCGGUAUAGUAACAACGAUUUUUAUAAAAAAAAAUUGUGCAUCUUUUUUUGAACAUACAGUAGAGUGAAAAUCGUAUCUAGAAUAUUUUAUAUAUAUUAAUAAGAAUAUUAUUACUAAAAUAUUUUUUUAAUCAAUAAAAUUUUUUAGUUUUCCAAAAAGAACUCUCUGAUUGAAGCUGUAUUUUUCAAAAAGGGUUUCUGCAUACAUAAAGUUCAAAUUAUAAAGCAAUCAUCACUUAAAAAAAAACAAAAGGCGAAUUUGAAUGAACAAACUAUAUAAUGAUAAACCCUUUUACUCCCACCUAUUCUCAUUAUCCAAUCUAUACAGUGUUGCCACUUGUUUCAUAACGACUGUAACAUCGUAAAUUUUCGCCGAGCGAUCUGUAUUUACGCAGAUUAGAAUGUAAGACAGGGUGUUUGUAACACAAAUUAAUAUUAGUUUAGGAAUGUAAAAAAAUCUUUGUGAUACGUAACGUUAGUGUUAAUUCUGGUAAGUUUGUAGACUGAAAAAAAUAAUUUAUGCAGCUGGGCGCGAUUUUUGAUAUUUGACUUGUUAAAAUUAACAAUUUUCGGAAUUUAAGAGCAAACGAAUGUCAUAAAUGGUGCUGGUUGUAUUGUAAAAGUUUUUGGUCGAUUUCGAAACAAUAGUGAUGAUUAUAAAGUGAAACACUCACUCUCACACACACACCAAACCAUUCCUUCCAUGGUGCUCAAUUACUAUAGACUAGUUUGCUGGAAGAAAUAAAAUAUGCGAAAAUCUGUUAAGCUCUUUGAAUAAUACGGUUACUGUAAAAGAAUAUCAUUUUUCAUUUUUUUUUUCAUUAUUUAUUUUGUUUGUGGCUACAUUUUUUGUAGUAGCUUAAAAUUAUACGCUGCCAUGCAGCGGAACUGAAGUUUCCCAAACUGAGAUUGACAUUGCCUUGCCCACUCAGAUACAAUAAUUUCUUUUACAUAAAAAACAUGUGAAGUGAGGUUAUAUUUGAUUGUUUUAGUUUCCCGUAAAUGUCUGUACUAAAAUUCGAAUUUAUAUGCGAAAAAUCGAAAAUGGUAAGGCCCUGCUAUUUAUGAAAAAUCUAAUUGAAAAUGGUGAGGCCCUGCUAUGUUCUUCAUAUAAAAAAAUCUCCUAAUUGGCUUUUACAAAAAACAAAUUUUAUGAUGAUUAGAAUAUGCAAGAUACUUCACAUCAGAUGAAUGUCAUUAUUGAAGAAGAUGAGUCUCUUUCAGUUACUUCACAUUCGUAGAAUGUGAUUUUGUAUAAUGAUAAAGUUCUAUCUCUACAACCAAAAAAUGCGGUAUUGGUGAUCGUAAGGCUAUGCUAUAUUCUUCACAUGUAAAAAAUGGAAAUGAAGGUGACUAAAAAGUCCUUUACACUUCCCACUCUUAAAAUUGUUAGUAUUUGUAAUGGUAAGGCCAUGCUGAUUCUCUACAUGCGAAAAAUGUAACUGUAGAUGAUUUACAAGGCCCUUUAGGCUUUCCACUCUUAAAAAAUUGUGGAUAUUUGUAAUGAUAAGACAAUGAAAGAUUCUCUACAUUCGCUACAUUUGAAUAAUACGAUUUUCCACAACUCCAAAUUGUGGUUAUUGUUGAUCGUAAGGCGUUGUUAUGGUUUUGCAAAUUCGACAAAUGUGAGUUUUGUAACUGUUCGGUUCUUCACAACCACAAAUUACAGUUGUUAUUGAUUACAAGGACCUGUUAGAUUUUUUACACUCAAAAAAUGUAAUUUUUCAUGAUAUCAAGACUUGAUAGAACAUUAAAAAAAUGUCCUUAUUGAAGAUAGUGAACGAGAAAAAUCUGAUUGUUCAAAAUGGUAAGGCCCUGCUACAUGAUAUUCAUUUGGAAAAUUAGAUUUUUAAAGAUUGAAAGGUUCUACUAGAUUCUUUACAUUAAAAAAAUAUUCAUUAGGAUAAGGUUCCGCUAUGCCCUCCACAUUAGAAAAAUCUGACUGUUCAAUAUGGAAAGAACCUGCUUAAUGAUUCGUAUUUGCAUUCUAAAGAUGGAAGGUUCUGUUAGAUUCUUCACAAUUAAUAAACAAUUAUUAUCUAUAAUGGUCAAGCCCUGCUGUUUUCUUAACACUUGAAAAAUCUGAUUGUUCAAUAUGGUAACGCCCUACUAGAUGAUUUCCAUUUGGUAAAUAUAUUUUUUGAGGAUGGAAAGGCUAUAUUAGAUUCUUCACAUACAAUAAAUUGUCACUAAAAUUGUAAAGCUCUGCUGUGUUUCCUCACGCUCGUAAAAUCUAUUUUUCUAGAUGGUGUGGCCCUGCUAGAGGAUUCGCAUUUAAAAAACUUAAUUAUUGGAGAUGUUGAGGAUCAUAAAGUACAGACAUUUACGAGAGUAAUUUUGGAUAAUGAUCUUGAUGACGAAAAAAGAAAUAUAUUUCGACUUCUAUAUUCACUUUUCUUGUGAAGGGACCGAAAUAAACUUACACUCUCAAAUUUAUUCUUGUAAAUAUUGUACAAAAAGGUUUUAUUGUUGAAUCUUACCAAUUACACUGUUGUUUUUUUUGCAUUUAGAAUUUUUUUAGUUGUAAUGGUUUAUCUAGAAACAGAAGAAGGUAGUGUCGUAUCGGCUACUUAGUAAUUUAGUCAUUAUGUAACUAGAGGUUCUUAGCAAAUCUAAAUCCAUAUAAUGCAGCGUCGACAAUAAUCUACCUAACGAGGAUCGUUGGUAUUUAAUAAAUUUUGUAUUGGCAGCUUUAAUUGUAUUUUUCUUCUCGUUGUUUUUUUAUCAUCAUCAUUUAAAAUUCAAAAUAUUCACCACCUUGGUCACAAAUUGAACGCUGCUGAUAUGAAAGUGACAAUUAGUUAUAGAAUUUGUUGCGAUUCGGAUGCGGUACCGCAUUGUGUAACCAGUCCCUAACCCCUAUAUGAUUGAAAAUCGUUAGGCAGCUAUUGUUGAACAUUAGUAAUCAAUUAUUAACUAAAAAAAAUUAGCGACUAUGGAUUUAGACUAUUAUUUUGUACAUUUUUAUUUUUUUAGUUAAUUUUUAGUUAUUUUUUGGAUCUAAGGUAGCCAUAUCGUGAAGACUUUUGUAACCGUCUAGUUGAAUAUCCAAAAAAAAAAAAUUAUUACAAGUGAUAAAAUGAGAGAAUAUGACGUAAAAUCUAGAAAAAAACUCUCGUUAAGUGCCAAAGGGCAACAGCUUUAGCUCUAGUUACAAUAUAUUCGAUUUAGUUAUCAUUUUUUUCACAAGUGUAUCUUUAAAGUGAUUAAUCUGAAAUAUUUAGAAAAUUUACACAGUUUACCGCCAUCUUUGAUUAAAGCGCCAUUGUUUAUAUAAGCGCCAUCUUGAAUUUAAAACUGAUUAUCGUUUUUAAGGUAUCCUAGUGAAAUGUGAUACUAUAGAUUUGAUCAAAAGUAGUUUCGUGAUAAUUUAGGCCUAAAACGUCUUAUUUUUUCUUCUUUUUCUAUUUUUUUCGCGAGAAAAUUUUUCUAAAAUAGAUUAAUUGAAAAGGCACUAAGUUUUGCGGCAAUGCACCCCUCCAAUUUUCGUCCAAUACGCGUCGUUUACAACGUUUAAAUGUAGAUGGCGUGUUACAUAUUAGCGUUUAGACUAUAUUUCACAUCCAAAGCUCCGUGCAUGCUUUAGCGCACAAUUUGGUUAAUUUUACAACAAUAAAUAAAUCAAAAAAAAUCAAAUCGCUAAAUUUUGGAAAAUGAUAUUUAACACUAUAAAUUAAUUACACUAAACUCAUUCUUCUUUUAAUUACAACACAAGAUAGAGAAUACGGGAUAUUUUUGGAAUAUCUCGGCAUUGCUCGUACGUGUUCGUCCGUGUAGUUCUGGUGUGAUGUAAUAGUGCUUAUUAUACACCACGUCGAGUGCUCGAGUGACUUUGACGUACGUAUAUCGCCAUUAAAUAAUUUUUCGAACAUAUAAAUAUCAUUUUCCAAAAAAAUUUUUUAUAUAGUAUACAAAUUUAGUGCGAAGUAUGUCAAAUUGUUAUAUUUUUUUGGUUUGUUGACGAUGUAUUUAUAUAAAUGCGGUGACAUAUUGUUAUGUUGAUAAAAACUGCGAAAAAAUGGUGUACGGAAAACAUAAAUAUCGUUACACUGUAAAUAGAAAUAGUUGUUUAUAAUAUAAGAAUAUCGAAACUAUUAAUAAAUGUCUUUAUAUAA